CCUAGUAAUAGCCAAAGGAAAACAUAUAAAAAAAGCAAAGUUUGCCAAAUUUUCUGUUCUUCAUCAGUAACUGAUUUUUCUUUAGUUCUCUAUUCAUUACAAUAUCAAACUAUAAAUAAAAUGUCUGAAGGCAAAGCUGUUGGUAUCGAUUUGGGUACUACCUACUCCUGUGUUGGUGUUUGGCAAAAUGAUCGUGUAGAAAUUAUUGCCAACGACCAAGGUAACCGUACAACUCCUUCCUAUGUUGGUUUCACCGACAGUGAACGUCUUAUCGGUGAUGCUGCCAAGAACCAAGUCGCUAUGAACCCUCAUAACACUGUUUUCGAUGCCAAGCGUUUGAUUGGUCGUCGUUUCGAUGAUGCUGAAGUUCAAGCUGAUAUGAAGCACUGGCCUUUCAAGGUUGUUAACAAGGAUACCAAGCCUGUUAUUCAAGUAGAAUUCAAGGGCGAAACUAAAACUUUCACCCCUGAAGAAAUCUCUUCCAUGGUCCUUACAAAGAUGAGAGAAACCGCUGAAGCUUAUCUUGGUACCACUGUCAAGAAUGCUGUUAUCACUGUUCCUGCUUACUUUAAUGACUCACAACGUCAAGCUACCAAGGAUGCUGGCUUAAUUGCUGGUAUGAAUGUCCAACGUAUCAUCAACGAACCUACUGCUGCUGCCAUUGCUUAUGGUUUGGACAAGAAAGUUGAAGGUGAACGUAAUGUCUUAAUCUUUGAUUUGGGUGGCGGUACCUUCGAUGUCUCCCUCUUGACAAUCGAAGAUGGUAUCUUUGAAGUCAAGGCUACUGCUGGUGAUACUCACUUGGGUGGUGAAGAUUUCGAUAACCGUCUUGUCAACCACUUUAUGCAAGAAUUCAAACGUAAAUUCAAGAAGGAUAUUUCUGGUAACGCACGUGCUGUUCGUCGUCUUCGUACUGCCUGUGAACGUGCCAAGCGUACUUUAUCCUCUGCUGCUCAAACCACUAUCGAAAUUGAUUCUCUCUUUGAAGGCAUUGAUUACUAUACCUCCUUAACUCGUGCUCGUUUCGAAGAACUUUGCCAAGAUCUCUUCCGUAACACUAUGGAACCCGUUGAAAAGGUUCUCCGUGAUUCCAAGAUUGACAAAUCUCAAGUCCAUGAUAUCGUCCUUGUCGGUGGCUCUACUCGUAUCCCCAAGGUUCAAAAGUUGGUUUCUGACUUCUUCAACGGUAAGGAACCUAACAAAUCUAUCAACCCUGAUGAAGCCGUUGCCUAUGGUGCUGCUGUUCAAGCUGCCAUUCUUUCCGGUGAUACUUCCGAAAAGACUCAAGACCUUCUUCUUUUGGAUGUUGCUCCUCUUUCUCUCGGUAUUGAAACUGCUGGUGGUGUCAUGACCCCCUUGAUCAAGCGUAACACUACUGUUCCUACCAAGAAGUCUGAAAUCUUCUCCACUUACGCUGAUAACCAACCUGGCGUCCUUAUUCAAGUUUUCGAAGGUGAACGUGCCCGUACCAAGGACAACAACCUUCUCGGUAAAUUUGAGUUGUCUGGUAUUCCUCCUGCUCCCCGUGGUGUCCCCCAAAUUGAAGUCACCUUCGAUGUCGAUGCUAAUGGUAUCUUGAACGUCUCUGCUCUCGAUAAGACUACUGGUAAAUCCAACAAGAUCACUAUUACCAACGAUAAGGGCCGUUUGUCCAAGGAAGAAAUCGAGCGUAUGGUGAAUGAAGCUGAGAAGUAUAAGGCCGAAGAUGAAGCUGCUGCCGCCCGUAUUCAAUCCAGAAAUGGUCUUGAGGCUUACGCUUACAAUCUUCGUAACACACUGCAAGAUGAAAAGGUCGGCGGUGCUUUACCUGCAGAAGAUAAGGAAAAGAUAAAGACUGCAGUUGAUGAUGCUAUCAAGUGGCUUGAUGAUUCUCAAGAAGCCUCCAAGGAAGAAUAUGAAUCAAGACAGAAGGAAUUAGAGGAAAUUGUUAAUCCUAUCAUGAUGAAAUUCUACCAAGCUAAUGGUGCUGCCGGUGGUGCUGCUCCUGGCGGAUUCCCUGGUGCUGGCGCUGCCAAUACUGCUGCUCCUUCAAAUGAUGAACCUACCAUUGAGGAAGUUGACUAAAUAUCAUGCUUGCAUCGAAUUGUAGAUUUCCCUCAGCUAAUUUCUAGAAUUUUGCAUUAUCACUCCCUUAUACACUAUUUAUUAUACUAUUAUCCAUUUUAAUUGUCUUUUCUGUAAAUCAAUAAUUCAAAUUGUAAAUAAAUUGUCUUUGUAAACAAAUAUUUUCAUUUAUCGUCUUUG